AUGGCCUGGCGAAGCUCGGGUUCCAGCAAUGAAGAGCUUAUCGAGAAACUGGCACAAAAUGGACUCAUAACGAGUGAAAGAGUCAAGAAUGCUAUGACAGCUGUCGACCGAGCCCACUACGCCCCCUACUCUCCCUACCAAGACUCUCCACAGACAAUCGGCCACAGAGCCACCAUCAGCGCUCCCCACAUGCACGCCAACGCCUGCGAAUCCCUACUCUCCUACCUCCGCCCCGGCAGCAAAGUCCUCGACAUAGGCUCCGGCAGCGGCUACCUCACCCACGUCCUCGCAGAACUCAUCAAAGCCGCCCCUCCAUCAUCCUCCUCAUCCGGCACAGUCAUAGGAAUCGACCACAUCCAACCCCUCAUCGACCUCGCCGUGCAAAACACCAAAAAAUCUCCCUCCGGCGCCGAGUUUUUGGAGCAAGGUGUGAUUCGGUUUGUGAAAGCUGAUGGGAGGAAAGGUUGGGAGGAGGGGGCCCCGUAUGAUGCUAUACAUGUUGGGGCUGCGGCUGCGGGGCAUCAGCAGGCGCUUGUUGAUCAGUUGAAGUGUCCUGGAAGGCUUUUUAUUCCUGUGGAGGAAGAGGAGGGUGGGCAGAAUAUUUGGGUUGUGGAUAAGGAUGAACGGGGCAAUGUGAAGAGGAGGAAGGAGUAUGGGGUGCAGUAUGUGCCUUUGACUGAUGCGCCGGAGGGGAGUUGA